AUGGCCAAAAAGUCGAAGAAGGACGGAUCUUCGAUCAACAGCCGACUCGCCCUUGUCAUCAAGUCCGGCAAGUACAACAUGGGCUACAAGGAGACCAUCAAGCAGCUCCGAGGCGGCAAGGCCAAGUUGAUCGAGUACUACGCCAUGUUGGCCAAGACCGGUGUCCACCACUACAACGGCUCCAACAUCGAACUUGGAACUGCCUGUGGUAAAUACUUCCGAGUUGGCUGCCUCACCGUCACCGACCCUGGAGAUUCCGACAUCAUCAAGACCCACCAGGCCGGUGCCGCCAAGGCCGAGUAA